AUGUUCAAUAUUUUCUCUUCAUUUUCGUUCUUUCUUUCUGGCUUGCUUUUUUUUCUUUCUUUUUUUCUUAAUAUUCAACUCAUUUUUCUUUUCUCUUUUUCUUUCUUUCUUUCUUUCUUUCUUUCUUUCUUUCUUUCUUUCUUUCUUUCUUUCUAUUCCUCAUAUUCUUUUCUUCUUUCUUUCUUUCUUUCUUUCUAUUUAUCACAUACUUCCCUUCUCUUUUCGUUCGCUUUCUUUCUUUUUUGUAUCUUUUUUCUUUCUUUUUCUUUUUCCGUCAGUCUUUCUUUCUUUUUCUAUUCAUCACAUUCUUCCUUAAUCUUUUCGUUGACUUUCUUUCCUUCUUUCUUUCUUUCUUUUUUUCUUUCUUUUUUUCUUAAUAUUCAACUUUUUCUUUCUUUUUCUUUCUUUUCUUCCUUACUCUUUCCGUUGACUUUCUUUCUUUCUUUCUUUCUUUCUUUCUUUCUUAAUAUUCGUCUCAUUAUUCACUUCUUUCUUUCUUUCUAUUCAUCAUAUUUUUCCUUUCUCUUUUCGUUGACUGUCUUUCUUUCUUUCUUUCUUUCUUUCUUUCUCUUUUUUGUAUUUUCGUUCACUAUCUUUUUCUUUUUUCUUUAUUUUUAUUCAUCACAUUCUUCCUAUCUCUUUUCGUUCACUUUCUUUCUUUCUUUCUUUCUUUCUUUCUUUCUUUCUUUCUUUCUUUCUUUUUCUUCUACUACUACUUUCCUCCCACUUCCUCUUCUUCUUCUACUACUACUUCUCCCCUCUUGCUCUUCCUCCUCCUCCUCCUUCUUCUUCUUCUUCUUCUUCCCUCCCACUUCUUCUUCUUCUUUCGUCCUUAACCACGGGCCGCUGGUCUUAGCUAGUGUGCCUGCCUGCCUGCAUCAUCUAUCUAUCUAUCUAUCUAUCUAUCUAUCUCAGUCUGUUUAUAUCUAUCUAUCUCAUUUUCUUCAUAUCUAUCUAUCUGUCUAUCUAUUUCAGUCUGUUUAUAUCUAUCUCAGUCUAUUUCAAUCUGUUUAUAUCAUCAUUUUGUUCAUAUCUAUCUAUCUGUCUAUCUAUUUCAGUCUGUUUAUAUCUAUCUUUCUAUUUCAUUCUGUUUAUAUCUAUCUAUCUAUCUAUCUAUCUAUGAAUCUAUCUAUCUAUCUAUCUCUAUUUAAUAAAAUUUAUCUAUCUAUCUAUCUAUCUAUCUAUCUAUCUAUCUAUCUAUCUAUCAAUCUAUUUCAGUUGUUUAUUUUAUCAUCUAUUCAUCUAUCUAUCAUUAUCUAUCUAUCUAUUUCAUUUCAUUCAUAUCUAUCUAUCCAUCUAUCUAUCAUUAUCUAUCUAUCUAUCUAUCUAUCUAUCUAUCUAUCUAUUCAUCUAUCUAUCUAUCUAUCUAUCUAUAAAUUUAUCUAUUUAAUAUUCUGUAUAUCUAUCAUUAUCUAUCUAUCUAUCUAUAAAUCUAUAUCUAUUUUCUUCAUAUCUAUCUAUCUAUCUAUCUAUUCAUCUAUCUAUUUAAUUAUCAUAUCAUUCAAAAAUAUCUAUCUAUCUCAUCUAUCUAUCUAUCUAUCUAUUUCAGUCUGUUUAUAUCUAUCUAUCUAUCUAUCAUUCUAUCUAUCUAUUAUUAUCUAUUUCAGUCUGGAUAUCUAUCUAUCUAUUUAUCUAUCUAUCUAUCUAUCUAUCUAUCUAUCUAUUUCAGUCUGUUUAUAUUCAUCUAUUCAUCUAUCUAUCUAUCUAUCUAUCUAUCUAUCUAUAAAUAUCUAUUUCAGUCUGUUUAUAUUUAUUCAGAAUCUAUCUAUCUCAUCAUAUCUAUCUAUCUAA